CUGUGUUCUUUGUGACUGUAAGUUAAGGCUGUACUGAUGUUAAUGCAGCCUCUUCCCAAACAAUAAGGUAAUGAACACUUGUACGGCGCUGGUUGGCAUCUUAGAGCGGCGGAUUCCCUCCCAUCGCCGGCCGACUCCCCUGCCCUACUCCCCAGUCUGCUUCAAGCGUUCGUGUUGGCUUGGUUACGUCGCUCAUGCUCUCGCGGGGUCUUUCCAUGCGUUCACAAUUUUACUUCGCUUAUGAUAAAACUUUCAACUAACCAGUUAAGUUUUUUCGACUCCUAGACGUCCAUAAGCCUUAUAUGGUGGUGUACGUAGUGCGUGCAGACUCCACCUUCUUGGCUAAUUCCUCAGGGCAGUGUGCAAGGGACGUCCAAACAAGUAUUGUGUACACGAUGGUGAAUGUCGAGUGAGUUGCCAAAUCUGUGGAUUCGUGAGAACACUCUGUCCCUGCCGCGAGCCAAGAGAGCCAUGAGGCGAGUCGGAGAGUCUCCGGUGAGGGUGUUGGAGACCAACAUUGACCUCCCGUUGUCGGUGAACGGGGACUUGAAUAAGGGCCCUAAUGGGAACAAUCGCGGGGCCGUGCAUGAUCACCUCCAUCACCACCACGACCACGAGGCCGAGGCUGCUGCCCCCACUGACACCAUGCUUGCCCACCACCACCACGUCAAAUAUCCACUGCCCAACGAUGACGACGACGACGACGAUAUAAAGGGCAAACCGGGCAAGCUACAGAAGGUGGCGCACCGGCACGGCCUGACCAAGAAGGGCCUGCUGCUCUUGUUGCUGGUUGGCUUCUUGUGCUUGGUGCAACUUGUGGCCCUGCUGGUGAUGACUGUCCUCUGGCCCAAAGACCCCGAGCAACUCAAGACGGAGGUGUGCCUUACUCCGGACUGUCUGCGUGCUUCUGCUCAGCUGCAAGGGAACCUGGACUCGGAGACGUGGCCGUGUGACAACUUCUGGAAGUACUCGUGCGGGGGGUGGCUGCAGGACAACCCGAUCCCUCCCACGCGCUCCGAGUGGUCCAUCAAGGAGAAACUGAAGCACCAGGCCCUGGCGGAGAUGCGGGAGCUGCUGGACACGAUGAACGAGCCGGAGGAGGUGAACAGUGUGGAGUGGAAGCUGAAGACUUUCUACUCCUCCUGCAUGAACAUCCACUCCUUCAUGACGUCAGGAAUCGACAUCUUGAAGCGGAUCAUUGUUACCAACCUCCACGGAUGGACGUUGAUGCAGGAGACGUGGGACCGCAGGCGCUGGCAGUUUGACGUGUUACUGACCCGCUUGCACGCUGACUAUGGCGUCUCCCCGUUCUUCAAGGUGACGGUAGUGCCAGACCCGCGCAGGGAGGGACACAACAUCAUCAAGCUUGUGCCAUCCGGGUUCUCCAUGCCACACAAAAGCUACUAUGACCGAUUGCCCAACACUGAGGUGGAGCAGACCUACAAGCAGUAUAUCAAAGACACAAUGAAGCUCUUUGAUGCCACUGGUCCUGACGCCUUGGAGUAUGCUGCCCACCUCUUCCACUAUGAGAGCCGCAUUGCUGAGAUCACCCCACCCGACAGCAUCCUGAACGACCCUCAUGCUUCCAACACCCUUAUCUCCAUUGGGGAGCUUUCCCAGAUUGCUCGCAGUGUUCCGUGGCUUUCUCUGCUGCGGCAAAUGUUUCCUAACAGCAAGCUGGACCACAGGACAGAUGUGCUGGCAGUCUCCAGGGAGUAUUUCAGUGAUAUCUCUGAAAUAAUCUCCACAACAGAUGCAAACUUGCUCAACAACUAUUUAAUCUUCAGCUUUGUCAGUGCAUACAUUCCGUACCUGUCAUCAGAGAACACUCGAGUCUUGAAUCUUUUCCACAAAGAAUUUACUGGCCAGCAGGAGCCGAUGGAACGGUGGGAGUUUUGCAUUCAGUCAACUGCAAAAUUCUUCAAAUUUGGCCUAGGUUCUCUUUAUGAACGCAGCCCAAACAGAUACAAAGCACGCCAAAAGAAUUCACAAGUUCUGCAUGAGAUAUUCAACCAAAUUCGAUACACUUUUGGUGCCAACCUGGAAAACAGCCGCUGGUAUCCGCUGGAAAUAAAGUCUCAAAUCAGGGCCAAGCUGAGCAACAUGACUCUUGCUGUUGGCUACCCAGAGCGCCUCCUAACCCCAGCAGUGAUUGACAGCUACUAUGACGGCUACACCAUCUUCAUAAAGGACUUCUUUAAAAAUCUUCAGGACUCCAUUCGAAGUGCUGGGCAGCAAAUGGAAAUGAAACUGAUAGAUCCCAUGCCUGAGUCUGGUUGGAUGGAUGCACUUACCAAGGAUGAUGUCACCUAUGUUCAUGAAGCCAACAAAAUUGUAAUUCCUCCCCAUCUUCUGAAUCCUCCACUAUUCCAUCGCAAUUAUCCUCUAGCAAUGCUGUAUGGCAGCCUUGGGGUGCAGAUUGCUCGUGCAAUGUUGAGAACAGCUGAUGCUGUUGGCCUUGGCUGGAACAGUAAAGGCCUGCUAGAGGAUAGAACAGGCUACACAAACAGCAGAUCACUCGACAACAUUCGAAGCCGGUCUGACUGCAUUGCUUCAUCUGUGAUGGAGCACGGCAUUGAAACAGAUGCAGUUGUGGACAGAACAGCAGGUGACACAGCUGCUGAGAUUGAUGCUGUGAGACAAACAUACCAAGCUUACCUCUCCCUGAUGAAAAUGCAGCCACAGCCACAGCAUCCAAGUUUUGAGACCCUCAAUACCACCAACAUCUUCUUCAUGGCAUAUGCUGGCAGUUUAUGUGCAGACUUCACCUCACAACAAGAAGACAUAGAACGCACAUGUAAUCCCUCAUUAAUGAGCAAACCAAGACUGGAGGCAGUAUUGUCACAAAUGCCAGAGUUCAGCAAAGUUUUCUCCUGCUCACAAGAAUCCAAGCAUUUCCCACACCGUCUUUGUCUUCGGCUACACUGACCAUUAAAGUACCUGUAUUUUUCAUCUCUGUGACUGUUGAGUUAAGUGUUGAAAGAUGUGGUUAUGUGAUUGAUAAACACUUGAAACUGAGUGAUAGCUGAGAAAUGUUACAAUUUUUACAUUAUAAUAUCCAUUGUAUUAUUUUUGCUACCCACACACACACAAUUUGCUGAUAUACCUUGUAUUGCAGUGGACCCUCAUUUAUCCGACAUUGUUCAACCAUGCAAAUAUUAUUUUACUUCAAAAUGCAUAUAGAAAAUUUCAUAAUCUAGUAAAGUUUUUUCUUCUUUUCUUAUUUUCAUUAUUCGAGUACAGUUACUGUAAUUGUAGUUUAACAUCUGAAGUCCAAAAAAUAGGUGCUAGCUUACUAAUUCUUAUGACCAUCCCCAUCAUUCACAACAGACAAACAUAUGUCAGUGAAGCAUCGCAUGAGCUGUCCCAACCCUCUAAGAUGAAAACUACAUGAGUGUUUACAUGGAAAGACAUUAUUGCUUAUCUUUAUUUGGAGAAAUUAUAUUCUUUUCACGAUAUGCAUCAGGCACUCAGUGUGUGUAUGGCCUUACUGUGUAAAUGAUAGGAAUCACAUGAAAAGGAUGACCAAAAGGAUUUAUUCAAGUUACUUGUAUAUACCAUGUUAAUUAUAUGAAUGUAAAAACUUCCAUUAUAGUUGAGGAAGAUGCAAGCAUGACUUUUUCAUGCCAGUGACAAUUUAAACUAUAUUUCUAUUUUUUUCCCAAGAAUUUUAAGAUGUUAUUGUUCUUCUAUAUUUGAAUUGGAAUGAGUGUUUUGUUUUGUUACAUUAUCUUAAUAAUUAUUAUAGAACAUUAUUGUAUCACUGAUUUUGGUGAUCAGAGAGUUUGUGCAGUUGGUGUGAAACUGAAAGUAUAAUCAUUAUAAAAGAAUAGAAAUGGCCAGGGUAAGAAAUGCCUGUCAUAAUUUACUUUGCCUUCCAUUAUGAUUUAAAUUUAUAUACACAUAUUAUUCAUCUUGGAUAGGUUCAUGUCCUUUUACCAUCUCAUGCAUUAAUUAAUAUUAGUUACAUUUGUAUUGAGGCUUGACUAGUGUCACAGUGUUGUACAGACUAGCAAAGUGUUCAUCAGCAUAACUCAGUAUGUGAACUGCAUAUGUCAACAUUGUCAGAUCUAUGACAUCCACUACAUUCAUGCAAUUAUUGAGUCAUAUUUUUAUUUCUGUAAUUUUAUUCAGAAUUUGAGUAUAUUUUUGCCUGUAGGAAAAUUGUUUAUUAUAUUAUUUUCAUUUUGAAAUUACUAAAGCUUAGAAAUUUACAUCAUAUGAAUGCUGAGCCACAAAUUUAAUGAUAUGAAAAAUAUUAAAGUCAGCCACUUUCCACACCUUUCACUUGUGUUCAGAGUGCCUGUAUGUGAAGUAUGGAAUGUAUUUUCAACCCAGAUAGAUACUUGAUAUACAUUUAACACAAGGGACAUGAUUUUCAGGUGAAAUGUAUGCUCCCACCAUCAAGUUGAUUUAUGGCAUCCCAUCUGUUGUCAGUCAUUAUUUAUGUACAGUACUGUCUCCAGAAUUGCAAGAUUCAAGUUUGUGAUUCAUCGAGCUUGCAGUAGGGACCUCAAAUAUUUGAUUUUUAUUGAAAACUGAAAUUGUGAUAUGAUCUGAACUUUGUGGGUGAUGCACACCAUGUGAAAGUGUUGGAUUCUGCUGUAGAUGACGGGGUGUAAAAGGUCGUGACGUCAAGGCAUACUGCAGUAUCACCACUUCUUUCCACGAAACAAUAAUCCCCACAUCCUGCCCCACCUGGAACUCUGUAAUCGUCUGGAAUCUUUCAGAAUGCAUUUUUCAUAACUUUAUGCUAAAGAACAUAGGGAAUGUGUGAACGACGACAAAAUGAUGAAAAUUUGUUUUUGUGAUAAGAUAAUAGUUUUCAAUUUUCCCAAUAAGAAUAAUGGUUCUAAGUUAGCGAUUUCAACUUUUAUGACCCACAAUGUUGACCUAUUCAUUGCAAACUCUUGGAGACAAUACAGUAUUUCUUUUCUUUUCUUUUCAUUUCUUUCCUUUGCUGUCUAGAAAUGAAUAGAUAUCAAGAAUAUUUACAUCUUGACACGACCAGAAGAAAGAUCAUUUGUGAUACUAAAAUAUUCUAAUAUUUUUCAUUCAUAUUACUAAAUUAUUCUUCCUUCCCUCAUUACACUAGCUAUUGUCAGUAUGAAAAAAAGUAUAUGCAUUUCAAAAUUAGAGUGUUAGCUCUCCUAUUUCAUUACAAAAGCUGACAUUGAUGGAAGAAAACAUUGUUACAACACAAAUAAGUGCAUACACAUACAUAAUUUAUGCAUAUGUAUACCUUUGGAAAAGCUUUGGGUGUCAGCUUCUUGAGGAAAGCUUUCUGUAAAAUGGCCAGUUAAAUAAGAUCUGUGCUUAUAAAAGAUAAACAAGGACACAAAUAAACUGGGUGUUGUGGUAUGUCAUUUCAAACGAAAAGCUUCUUUGAGAGUAUUUAGAAAUACUGAAUGUGUUUCUUAUUUUACAUUACUGUACUGAUUAAAGUGAAAUGCCAUGCCGACAAUAACUAAUUUUCACAAGGCAGCUUGUAUUGACUUAUUAGUUUUUUUUUUUUUAUGCAAUUAAGAAUUUUCUUUAUUUAAGCAUUUUCCUUAUUAUUUAUCUGUUCCACAGAAACACACAAAUCAGAAUUAAUGAAUCAUACCACAAUGUGCCCCUUGUAAUUAUUCUAACUUUAGUUUUCAUAUUACUUGCUUUUACUUUAUAUAUGUUUAAGUUAAAGGAAUGCUUUUUGUGAAUUGGAAGAUGAUAUAAAAAAAUGAAAUGUAAAGUGUAAGGGUCCAUAAUCUUUUGGGUUGUAAAAAUGCAGAGAUGAUGUACAUACAUAGCAUAAAUAUAUGAAGAGGCCUUGGUCUUAGCUCCUCGUCUUGCAUUGGCGCCUCGGUCAUUGUGUCUAAGAAUUUGUGAAACUCUAGACUAUGACAAUAAGAAAGCAAUAAAUGUGUGAGCUGAUCAGAGUAGGGUGAUAUAUAUUUUCCGUAGUGCUGUGUGGUUAAUGUUUAUUAGGGAUGUUGGCUAUGGCAUUUAUAAUUCCUCUCCUUUUCCCAUGAUCUGUAAUGUAAAGAUUUAUGAUGUAUGCAAGAAACCAAGAAGGGGAAUGAUGAAAGAUUAUUAUUUUUUGCUCAAAAUGAUUUAUACUUCACAUUCGUAUUCCAUUUUUUUUUCUGAUUCUGAAUCCCUAGCAGCAUUUUUAUAUAGAAGAUAUAAGCAUAAUAAUUUUUUAUAGCAGGUCCAUUAAUAGAAUGGCAGCAUUUCCAGAACACUUUAGGAAACUCCACAAAUAUGGGGAGAGAGCAACACCUGCGUAACACAAUAACAACCUUACAAAGAGAGUUAGAAAAGUGAUAUAGGCUAUUAUAAUACAGUUGAUGUUGUGCAGAUUGUAUGCAUGUGUCAGUGUGAAAGAGAUGGAAAUUAGAUUGCCAGUGGUGCACCGUGCCACAAAUCAUGAUUAGUUAUAAUGUAUGCUGUAAUGUUUAAUUUGUAAUCAUUUUGAUUAGGGAGUAUGAUUACAACUACUAUUUAAUUUUUCUUUUUUCACCAUAUGUAUUUUGUACCAAUUAUAUUAUGUUACAAUUUUGGGGGAGGAAAUGAUUUCAAUACUUUGUAUAGAAAUAAGAUUUGGCAUAUUGUCAAACUAAAUGCAUAUACAUAUAUAUUUAGAUCACAAAAUUUUAUUUGAAAGCUGAAUUGAUGUGAUGAAAAUUAAUAGUGAUUCAAUUAUCCUUAUUGCUUUGUAAAUAUUAAUGUUUGAUGAAGAGGAAAAGUAGGUAGCUUUACAUACAAAUGAAGUAGCCAAUUAAUGGUUUCAUGGGCUGUGAUACCACAUGCAAAAUUGUGUUUAUUCAUGUUUUCAUGUUAUAGUUGAUGGGUAAGAAAUGGCAAUAAGCAUUUAUUACUAUGUUUAUGAUUAAAAUGGUAUGUAAUCUUUUAGUACUUAUAUAAUUUUGUCUAUAAGAAUUUUACUUAAAAACCUUAGUAGCAUCACUAUGGAAGAACAAAUAAGUUUGUGUAGGCACGUCUAGUAAUUAAAACCAUUUCUGGUUAUGAAAAUAUACUUUUUUAUGAUGUUGAUUAAGCUUGACAUCCAUAACUUCUGAAAUUAUUAUAAACCUUCCUUGUAUGAAGCAAGCAAACAGAAUGUCUCUGUGUGGUUAUUUCAUCAAGAUAUUUAGUGUGUUCUUUCCAGUCCACUGACUUUCUGCUGCUGUGUGUCAAGGAUACAGUACCAAUAGCUGACACAAGACUUCUGAAUACAGAUGACUGAUUACUGCUUACAGUGAUGUGUGAAAGUGCUGUUUUGAGAAAGAGGUCCUAUGCAGCUCACAAACCACACCCAAGCUGACCACCAAGACAAAUGCAUUACAGUUUUGUCACAAUCCACUCUUCAUGUUCAAUUUGAUGAGCAGAAAAUUUUUAUACAUACAUACAUGUUUCUAUAUGCUUGUCCUAAUUUCUCUGCCUGUCGUGAUGUAUGUGUGAUGAAGAUAAAUGACAGCCCAUGAUGUGAAUUUUAGAAAAACAUGUUGUACUACUUUAUUUUCAAAGAAAUUACAAAGAACUAAUGAAUUGUAUAAUUUGUUUCUUAAUUCUGUAAUUCAUUGAAUUAUCUAAUUGUAUAUUCAUAAAUCUAAUGGUGUUAUUUUGAGGAGUCAGUAGAUGUUGAUCAUGUGAGCUUAGAAGCAAGAGGCAGCCUUCACCUGCAACAUUAUAUUGUGUUUGUAGCUUGAAACAAUUUUUACUUAUUUGCAGAAUUGUUAUGCUUGUUACAGCAAUGAGGCACAAAUAAAAAAAAAAUAGGAAUCGGUGUUUAAAGUUAGCUGGUUUGGUAAGUCUGAGCUGACCUGUGCCUCAUUCUUGAAGUACUACUGCUGCUUGGGAAGGAGUGCACUGAUUGGCAGACUUGAAGGAGGGUGGGUGCAGCUCAUGCUCUUGUUUGGUAUACUAUCCUAACCUAACCUCAGGAUUGAUUUCUCCCUUUGGAUCAGUUUUAGGGUCAGGCUAGAUAUCUUUAGUAUCUUCUAGGAUACCUCUCUCUCUCUCUCUCUCUCUCUCUCUCUCUCUCUCUCUCUCUCUCUCUCUCUCUCUCUCUCUCUCUCUCUCUCUCUCUCUCUCUCUCUCUCUCUCUCUCUCUCUCUCUCUCUCUCUCUCUCUCUCUCUCUCUCUCUCUUUACAUUCUAGCUUUUCUUUAUAAAUAUGUGAAAAAUAAUGUAGACAUUCUCUAAGUUGAGUUAAUAACAACUGAAAUUUUAGCUCAGUAUCAUGUGCCUCAUUCCUGCAGUGAGCAUUCCAAUUGCUUUGGGAAGAUGUAGGAAAUAUGUUUCAGCCUUGUGCAUGUGAUUAUCUUUAGUGUUGAUUUUGUGAAGGAAAAUUGUGAUGACGAAAUCUGAAGUCAUUGCCUGCUAAACUGCAAGCCAUACAGUGUAUUGUUUUAGCCCUAAUUUUGGUUUGUGGCUGGUUAACCACCAGACAAGAACUUUUAUAUUACUGCAUCUUGAGGGAGAGAAAAUUCUUUAAUGUAAGAUUUGAAAAAUUCUUGAAAUUCUAUUACAUAUUAAUUUAUAUAGUAAUUGAUUUAUGUACGUAUUUAAUAUUAUGAAAAAAAAUUGAUAUAAUGCUGAAUCACUUCACAAAAGCCAUGCAAAUUUUUUAGUUGUGAGUCAUUUCAUUAACACAUGCAUUAUGGUGGUCAUGUAAGAAAGUAGAAGGUGAUAUUGAGGUUUGACUGAAGAGGCAGUGUGGAUGUCAUGCAGAGACUCGUAGCAGCCCAAGAGUCCAGCUGCUGUGUGUGUACUACCAUUGCUUUGAACUCAGUGGAUAAGAAGCUUUUACUUAGUUAUUCCAUAGUGUUAGUAAAUUAUAUAUGGAUAUAUUUUGCUUUCAAAUAUUUUUGUAGAAAACUGGUUUUGUUUUGUAUUAAGAAUUACAGGAGAGCUUUUUAUGAUACACUUGUUCUGUGUUACACCAUUUAAGGACUCACAUUUAGUGGAAGGUAAAUGAUUUCCCAAUACUGUGCUCCUCUAGUUAUCUCUCAUUUGUAGACCCAAAGUGGUACUCAUAGCAUAACACAAUACAUGUCUACAUACUGUUUUGUAACCUAUACAUUUUUAAAACUAUAAUGGAAAUAAUAGGACUUGUUAACAGUAAUGAUACUCAAUUAGAUUAAAUUUUGAUGACAAUGAUGGUACUCAGUUAUGAUUGAAUUAUGUUAAUCAUAAAAUUUUAUGAAACAGACUCAAUUUAGAUACUUAAAGGAACAGUUUAAAUCCAUACAUAAGACUCAAUUUCUUUUGGCUCAACAGUUUUAUUUUGCAGGAAUAACAUAUGAAUAUAAUAUCCAUUAAAAGUUCAAAUCACUGAGGUGUAGUUAGUAGUGGUGUGUAAGGGUAAAAUACUAUAUAUAAAUAAAUAAAUAAAUGAAUAAUAUAAUAUAAUAUAUAUAUAUAUAUAUAUAUAUAUAUAUAUAUAUAUAUAUAUAUAUAUAUAUAUAUAUAUAUAUAUAUAUAUAUAUACUCAAAUUACCAUCUGAAGUUAGUCCAGUGUGCAUAGAGACAGAGAUCAUAGGCUUAUUUCUCUCCGGUUUCACAUUUUUCAGCAGGUGUGGAGUGAAUGCUCUUCUCCACCCUGUGAUUGAAGCUGCUGUUUCAGAAGCAAGAUUACAAUUGUUACUGGUCUGAAAACAUGCAAGUAGCAUCUUAGCAUUGAAUGAUGUAUGUACCACGCAGCAUGAGUAACAUGGUGUGUGAACGCUGCACUCACACAUUGUAGCUACAACUGAAGUGUUAUCUGAGUCUUUUCAGACCAGUGUCCAAGACCACAAGCAGCUCAUUCCCCAAUCCUUCAAUGCUCCUCAUAUUUUUGUAUGUUAACAACCUUUUUCUGGAUGUCAGGUUCCUACCUAUAAGUAUAAAAAAAAAUUUUGUACAUAGAAUAAAUUGUUGAAUUUU